CAAAACAAAGGCGGCAUCCGAGCUCGGCUGGAGGCAAACAACCAUGAGAGACUGGGUCCUCGCUCUCCCCGGCUCCGCUGCUGCCGCCGCCACUGCUCCUCCUCCAGCCGCCGCCGCCGCCACCGGGAGAGCUCCGCUGUGAGGUUGGAAAGCAGGGGCGCAGCUGCUGGGCGUGCAUCGGAAAGGUGAGAGCCGGAGCCAGCAAGCGGAGGGGGCGGGCAGGCCACGACAAUGUCCUCGGCCGUGGGGCCCCGCGGUCCUCGCCCACCCACGGUGCCUCCCCCGAUGCCAGAGCUGCCCGACCUGAGCCACCUGACCGAGGAGGAGAGGAACAUUAUCAUGGCAGUGAUGGACCGGCAGAAGGAAGAGGAGGAAAAAGAAGAAGCCAUGCUCAAGUGUGUUGUCAGGGACAUGGCGAAGCCUGCAGCCUGCAAAACACCAAGAAAUGCUGAAAACCAGUCCCACCAACCUCCACUGAGCAUUUUCAGAUGUGUCUGUGCUCCCAGAAAUCCAGGCAGCGAAGAGGGAGGCCCAGAAGGAAACUGGAGAUUGCACCAACAGUUUGAAAGCUAUAAGGAACAAGUGAGAAAAAUAGGAGAAGAAGCAAGGCGUUACCAGGGCGAGCACAAAGAUGAUGCUCCGACGUGUGGAAUCUGCCAUAAGACAAAGUUCGCUGAUGGAUGUGGCCAUCUUUGCUCUUACUGUCGCACCAAGUUCUGCGCGCGCUGUGGAGGUCGAGUGUCUCUGCGGUCGAACAACGAGGACAAAGUGGUUAUGUGGGUAUGCAAUUUAUGUCGAAAGCAACAAGAAAUCUUAACCAAAUCUGGAGCAUGGUUCUUUGGAAGUGGCCCUCAACAGCCCAGUCAGGAUGGAACUCUGAGUGACACAGCUACAGGUGCUGGUUCUGAGGUACCAAGAGAAAAGAAAGCACGACUCCAAGAGCGAUCAAGAUCUCAGACACCCCUGAGCACAGCAGCUAACUCUUCCCAGGAUACUGCUUCUCCCAGUGCACCACUGGACAGGAGCAAAGGGGCUGAGCCCUCACAGCAAGCCUUGGGGCCCGAACAGAAGCAGGCCUCAUCUAGGUCUAGAAGUGAGCCACCAAGAGAGAGGAAGAAGGGUCCAGGGCUUUCAGAGCAGAAUGGCAAGGCAGGCCUGAAGAGCGAACGGAAACGUGUGCCCAAGUCCUCGGUGCAGCCUGGGGAGGGCGCCGCGGAAGAGCGGGAGCGGAAGGAAAGGCGGGAAAGCCGCAGGCUGGAGAAAGGGCGCUCCCAGGACUACCCCGACCGGCCGGAGAAAAGGGAGGAUGUCAAGGCGGCGGAGGGCGAGAAGCAGAGGAAAGAGGAGGAGUACCAAACCAGGUACCGCAGCGACCCGAACCUGGCGCGCUACCCUGUGAAGCCGCCUCCCGAGGAGCAGCAGAUGCGCAUGCACGCCCGAGUGUCCCGCGCCAGGCACGAGCGGCGCCACAGCGACGUGGCGCUCCCGCACACCGAAGCUGCCGCUGCGCCGGCCGAGCCCAAGGCGGGCAAGCGCGCUCCGGCCGCCAGGGCCUCCCCGCCCGAGUCCCCGCGCGCGCACGCGGUCGACAGGACGGACGCCCGGGCCGGAGCCAAGCCUCCAGCCGAGCACAGCCCGCCCGCGCCGCGGCAUGGGCCGGGCCCCACCGAGCCGUCGGAGCCGCGCGCCCCGGAGCCGCUCAGGAAGCAGAGUCGCCUGGAUCCCGGCUCGGCCGUGCUCAUGCGCAAGGCCAAGCGCGAGAAGGCGGAGAGCAUGCUGCGGAACGACUCGCUGAGCUCGGACCAGUCCGAGUCCGUGCGGCCGUCCCCGCCCAAGCCGCACCGGCCCAAGCGGGGAGGCAAGAGGAGGCAGAUGUCGGUGAGCAGCUCGGAGGAGGAGGGCGUGUCCACGCCGGAGUACACCAGCUGUGAGGAUGUGGAGCUGGAGAGCGAGAGCGUGAGCGAGAAAGGUGACUUGGAUUAUUACUGGUUGGAUCCUGCCACAUGGCACAGCCGGGAAACAUCGCCUAUUAGCUCGCAUCCUGUAACGUGGCAGCCGUCUAAAGAGGGAGACCGAUUAAUUGGUCGUGUUAUUCUUAACAAAAGAACAACCAUGCCCAAAGAAUCAGGUGCAUUACUGGGUCUGAAAGUUGUUGGAGGAAAAAUGACCGACUUGGGACGUCUUGGUGCUUUCAUCACCAAAGUCAAGAAGGGUAGCCUAGCCGACGUAGUGGGACACCUAAGAGCAGGGGAUGAAGUUCUAGAGUGGAAUGGUAAACCCCUGCCCGGAGCUACAAAUGAAGAAGUUUACAACAUUAUUUUAGAAUCAAAAUCAGAACCUCAAGUUGAAAUUAUUGUUUCAAGGCCUAUUGGUGACAUCCCCCGGAUUCCUGAGAGCUCCCAUCCUCCUCUGGAGUCCAGUUCAAGCUCCUUUGAAUCUCAGAAGAUGGAAAGGCCUUCCAUUUCUAUUAUUUCUCCAACCAGUCCUGGAGCUCUAAAAGAUGCCCCACAAGUCUUACCAGGGCAACUUUCUGUGAAGCUGUGGUAUGAUAAAGUGGGACAUCAGCUGAUUGUAAAUGUUCUACAAGCAACAGAUCUACCCUCUAGAGUAGAUGGGCGCCCCAGGAAUCCCUAUGUAAAAAUGUAUUUUCUUCCAGAUAGAAGUGAUAAAAGUAAAAGAAGAACCAAAACAGUAAAGAAAAUUCUAGAACCAAAAUGGAAUCAAACCUUUGUCUAUUCACAUGUACAUCGUAGAGAUUUUAGAGAGCGAAUGUUAGAAAUAACGGUGUGGGAUCAACCGAGAGUACAAGAUGAAGAAAGCGAAUUUCUCGGAGAGAUCCUCAUAGAAUUGGAGACAGCACUUUUAGACGAUGAACCCCACUGGUACAAACUCCAGACACAUGAUGAAUCCUCACUACCUCUGCCUCAACCAUCGCCAUUCAUGCCACGGCGGCAUCUUCACGGAGAAAGCUCCAGCAAAAAGCUACAAAGAUCUCAGCGAAUCAGUGAUAGUGACAUCUCAGAUUAUGAGGUUGAUGAUGGUAUUGGAGUAGUUCCUCCAGUGGGUUAUAGAUCUAGUGCUAGAGAAAGUAAAUCAACAACAUUAACAGUGCCGGAACAACAAAGAACAACUCAUCACCGCUCCCGCUCAGUGUCUCCUCACCGCGGCGAUGAUCAGGGAAGGCCACGCUCACGUUUACCAAAUGUGCCAUUACAGAGGAGCUUAGAUGAAAUUCAUCCAACACGAAGGUCACGUUCUCCAACCAGACACCAUGAUGCCUCCCGAAGUCCAGUUGAUCAUAGAUCCAGAGAUGUGGAUAGUCAGUAUUUAUCAGAACAAGACAGUGAGCUUCUUAUGCUGCCCAGAGCAAAACGAGGACGAAGUGCAGAAUGCCUACAUACUACCAGUGAACUGCAGCCCUCCCUUGACAGGGCUAGGAGUGCUAGUACCAACUGCUUGAGACCAGAUACUAGUUUGCAUUCACCAGAACGAGAAAGGGGUAGAUGGUCCCCCUCCCUAGAUAGGAGACGACCUCCUAGCCCCAGGAUUCAAAUCCAGCAUGCAUCUCCGGAGAAUGACAGGCACUCCAGAAAGUCUGAAAGAUCUAGCAUCCAAAAACAGACUAGGAAAGGCACUGCCUCUGAUGCAGACAGGGUUCUCUCACCAUGCCUUUCUAGAAGGGGAUACGCAAUCCCAAGAGCGACUGAUCAACCAGUCAUUAGGGGAAAACAUCCCGCUCGCUCACGGUCGAGCGAGCAUUCUAGUAUCAGAACCCUGUGUUCUAUGCACCACCUUGCCCCUGGAGGGUCGGCGCCACCUUCUCCGCUUCUGACAAGAAUGCACCGACAAGGAAGCCCAACCCAGUCUCCUCCAGCAGACACAUCCUUCAGCAGUCGCAGGGGAAGACAGCUCCCACAGGUGCCAGUACGGAGCGGCUCUAUAGAACAAGACCAAGAAAAAUAUAGCUCUUCCACCAAAGCAAGCUUAGUAGUGGAGGAGCGAACAAGACAGAUGAAAAUGAAAGUGCACCGACUUAAGCAGACAGCAGGGUCUGGUUCUAGUCAAGAACUCGAUCGCGAGCACUAUCCUAAGUAUAACAUACAUAAAGAUCAGUACAGAAGCUGUGAUAACGUCUCUGCCAAAUCAUCAGAUAGUGAUGUCAGUGAUGUGUCCGCCAUUUCCCGAACCAGCAGUGCCUCACGCCUCAGCAGCACAAGCUUUAUGUCAGAGCAAUCUGAGCGCCCCAGGGGUAGAAUCAGUUCAUUUACCCCUAAAAUGCAAGGCAGACGGAUGGGGACUUCAGGAAGAGCCAUCAUCAAGAGCACCAGUGUAAGUGGAGAGAUAUACACACUGGAGCAUAAUGACGGCAGCCAGUCGGACACAGCCGUGGGUACUGUUGGAGUAGGUGGAAAGAAGCGGAGGUCCAGCCUGAGUGCCAAAGUGGUCGCCAUAGUGUCUCGAAGAAGUAGAAGCACAUCUCAGCUUAGCCAAACAGAGUCGGGCCACAAGAAGUUAAAAAGUACAAUACAGAGAAGCACAGAGACAGGCAUGGCAGCUGAAAUGAGGAAGAUGGUGAGACAGCCAAGCCGGGAGUCCACCGAUGGCAGCAUCAACAGUUACAGCUCUGAGGGAAACCUGAUAUUUCCUGGAGUGCGACUAGGACCUGACAGUCAGUUCAGUGAUUUUCUUGAUGGACUGGGACCAGCACAGCUUGUUGGCCGCCAAACCCUCGCCACUCCUGCAAUGGGUGAUAUACAGAUUGGAAUGGAGGAUAAAAAGGGCCAGUUAGAAGUUGAAGUUAUCAGAGCACGAAGCCUCACCCAGAAACCUGGUUCCAAGUCUACACCUGCUCCCUAUGUCAAAGUGUAUCUUUUGGAAAAUGGGGCCUGUAUUGCAAAGAAGAAGACAAGAAUUGCACGGAAAACUCUUGAUCCUUUGUAUCAACAGUCCCUGGUUUUUGAUGAAAGUCCACAGGGUAAAGUUCUUCAGGUGAUUGUCUGGGGAGAUUAUGGAAGAAUGGACCACAAAUGUUUUAUGGGUGUGGCUCAAAUCUUGUUGGAAGAACUUGAUCUGUCCAGCAUGGUGAUUGGAUGGUACAAAUUGUUUCCACCAUCAUCACUGGUAGAUCCCACACUCACUCCCCUGACACGCCGGGCUUCCCAAUCAUCUCUGGAAAGUUCCACUGGGCCUCCUUGCAUUCGAUCAUAGUGAACUCAUGCCAGAGUCAUUCCAAGCAAACUCUACCUUUCAGGAUAAUGAUCUGAACCAGAUAUUUCAUGAUCAAAAGCAUUGUUGGAGACAAUCAACUUGUGUUUUUCCUGUAGUUGUUUCUCAAUAAUAUGUCCCAACUGUUGUUUAAAACAUGACUUCAUAUGACAGAACAAGGCAAUAUAUCAAAUUACAUAAGAAUCAAUGUGCUAGUGAGAGUCACUGAUGCUUCUAACAAAUAGGAAAAGAAGAAACCUCAAGUUCACACACCACACACGCGCACACACACACACACACACACACACACACACACCAAAUUGAACAAACUGGAAACUCUCACUCUGUGAAAAGUUAUGUUUUACAUGUUUCUACACAGACGACAAGCAGUGUUAUUCCCCUGGCUUUGAGGUUUGUUCUUUUGUUUACUUUGGUUAUUUGUGGGUUCUUUGCUGUUUGUUUUGGUUUUUCUCUCAAGUCUCUGUUUCUCCGUCUUCACCGUAUUUGUUGUUUCUACUGUUUUGUUUUUAUUGCUUUGUCAGAACAGAAUUAAUGAUGUUAACAGAGACCCUUCUUUCUUUUUCCAAAUGCACCAAAAAAGGGCUGAAGCUGUCUCUGUAGCAUUUCCCCCAAAGUAUUCAACAGCUAGGCUAGGUGAGGCCAGUGUUGUGUUUUGCUGGCUUUCAGUUUAUAGUUCUUCAGAGUCUUAUAUGUGGAAACCCAAAAGGCAAAAAUUACCUUCCAAACUAGCAGUCACAGAAUCAGUUUUUAGAUGAAGAGCAUAUCUGUUUGCAUUACAGAAAAUUCAUUUAUGUUUUCCAUUGUUUUGCAUGGAAGACUUUCAAGUCAAUCUGCAACUAAUGCUGGGGAUGAAAGUUAACCACAAAAUUGUGCUUCAGAAACCCUCCUUGCAAUGCCUUUUACUUCCUGAUAUCAAAAGAAAAUAUGCUUAUGUGUAUUAACCAUACUAUGGACUUCCCAAAAUGGUGACUAAGAGUGGAUUUGAGCCUAAGACACUUUCAGCUAUGCCCAGGCUUCUCAGCCAUGCCUCAGUAUAGACACCUCCAUCUGCCCUGGAAAGAGCAUGGUGUGAGCUGUUUAAUAUUCCACUGGAAAUUCCAGUUGAAAUAUUCUGCACUAAACAAAUGUUUUUAUUGAAUUUUAGUUUACAUUUCUUUAAGGUCAAUGCAAGCACAAAGCUUGGUUUUUUAAUGCACAAUAUCUUACUUUUUUGAAAGAAAAGAUAAUACAGAGUCAAUUUCAAUUUGCAUUUUCUUUGUUUGAGUUUUUCCUUGGCCUUGAAUUUCUCUUGUGACAUUCUGUGUAUGUGCUACAAACUGCAGAUACGGCAGGUGCAUAAAUACAUUCUCCCUCCUUUUAUGAGUCAUUCAACUUUUGUGAUUACACAUAUAGAGCAGCAUGACUUGGAACUGUUCGAAGCUGCAUGCACAUUUUGUAAAAAAAAAAAAAAAAAAAAAAAAAAAAAAAAAAAAAAAAAAAGAAAAAAAGCAAAGAGAGACAAAAGGUUAUUUAAUAAUGUAUGUUAGCUCCACAUAGGCUAGCCUGUAUGUCGCAUGUGCUUGUACAGUUUGCUUGUUAAUUACUAUACUGAAAUAACCAAGAAAUCUAAGCCAUCCAUUUUUGUUAUAGACAUUUUGCAGGUUUUAGCUAGACUCAAGUCUGUGGGUCUGGGGUGAAAUGUCUAUAGAUGGACUUUAUUUUUUACCCUCUGGAAAACAUUAUGUAGUACGGACCAAAUUCCUUCUAAUAAUAUUUUGGUGUAGAUUCCUCCUGUGGGGCUGUAACACACGUAGACACUGUGUACACACUAGGUUUUAAUCCAUAGACAUACUGCCUGCACCAAGUGAAUUAUUUACUAUUAUUUACACAUGUCAGAAUUAUCUGCCCAUCAUUCCACAGGGCACAGAUUGACCACUGCUCACCAUGCUGAGCAGGAAGAACUGAAGCAUUGGUGCACUUCUACUAGAUUCCGUUCUGUCUUAGUGGCCAACGAUCAACUGAUUAUAAUUGGGUAGUAUCUUUCUAUUUUGACCACUUGUCUUAACACUCCCCUGUGCUUUUAAAUGAACUUCCAACUCAUGUAUGUAAACAUGUUUAAUAAAAUUUACUUUUCAUGUCA